AUGAUCCAAAGUGAUAACCAAAGCCAGAACACAGAGGAAAUAAUUAAAGAGCUGUGCACUUCCAAUGGAUUGUCUUAUGAGAAAAUUGAUCAAGAGGGACCAGAAACAUCUACACUGGAGAUGUUUUUCUCAGGUUAUCCCAAGAUAGUAGGCAUGUCAUUUUUCCCAAAUUUAACAACUCUCUCUCUUGUUGGACAAAGCAUUCAGAAGAUUUCAGACCUGGAGUAUUGUCCAUUACUCAAAAACCUAUGGAUUGCUGAAUGUUGCUUAACGAAAAUCGAUGGUCUACAACACUGCACUAAUUUGGAAAAGCUUUACCUGUACUACAAUGAAAUUUCUACAAUUGAAAAUCUGGAGACCCUAAUGAAGCUGGAGGUAAUUUGGUUGAACAAUAACCAAAUUAAGGAGAUACAGGGAUUGCACACUCUGCAGAAUUUAAAGGAGCUCAAUCUGGCUGGAAACUUAAUACAUACAAUUGGAACUUGCUUUGACCCCAAUGAACAAUUGGAAAGAUUAAACCUCUCUGGUAACAGAAUAUGUUCCUUCAAGGAACUCUCUAAUUUAGCAAGCCUACCGCAUUUAAAAGAUUUGAGUCUGAAUGAUCCUCAGUAUGACCCCAACCCUAUUUGUCUUCUCUGUAAUUAUGCUACACAUGUGCUGUAUCAUAUGCCUCAGCUUCAAAGGCUGGAUACAUAUGAUGUGUCUCAAAAACAAAUCAAGGUCCUGGCAGAGGCUACAGUGAUGAAAAAGAUAAUGUACUAUAACAUGCGUGUAAAGAGUGUUCAUAGGCAGCUCAAUGAGGAGCUUGAAAAGCUAAAAGAAAGAAAAUGCAAACUGCAGAAAUUGCCAGAAGAUCGAAUAAAAUUGUUCAGCUGCAACAUAAAACAUCUGGAACGUGAACUGACAGAGCUGCAGACAUCAGGCAAAAUACAGAAUAACAAAUCUAUUAAAAGUAAAAGGCUGGAAAUUGAAAAAUCAAUUGACGAUAGCGAGAACACAGAUGAAGCCAGUGAGGAGUCAAGUCUUGAGAAGAAGUUCUUUCUGAAAUUAAAUGCCCUGAGGGAAAGGAUAACAUUCUGGAACAGAAAACUAGAUGAAAUUGAGAAAAUUUACCAGAUGGAAGUUAAAAAAAAGAAGAAAAGCAAUAGCUUAGUAGUGCAGUUUUUGUUGACUGAAUUGGAAACAGUGGGCAACACUCGCUUUGAAGAAGGCUCACCAAGUGAUUCUUGGUUUAAUUCCUGUUAUGAUUUAAUUCUAUCACGAUUUUGUGCCUGGGACUUCAAAGCAUAUGGUAUCACAGGAGUGAAAAUAAAUCGCAUCAUCCGAGUGCACAACCGUAUUCUGAGGAUGAUAUUUGAAGAGAAGUUUCAAAUGUUUUUGGAUAAAGAAGUUUUAAGUGAAACAGAAAACUACAGGAAGAUGCUGGAGUGUCUCUUUUAUGUGUUUGACCCAGACUUGCCAGUUAAGAAAAAGCAACUGCUACAAGUGCUUGAGGAUGGGUUCCAGGCAAUGGAAGAGCACAAGCUUUCAAGAAGAGAAGAAGCUGUUCUCCUCUCUAACAGUUUAAGUAUAUGUGAACGUCCCAGAAUAGAAUUUUUGCAGCAACAAACCAAGGAUGAACGUAAAAAUAGCAAUGAACUUGAGGAACCGUUCAUAUGUGGGAAACUCAUAAUUGCAAAAGUUUUUCUUGGACAUAGUGUUCCAGCUCGUGAAAAAGAUCCCAUCAGUCAAGUCAACUAUCCAGGGGCUAAUUCAGUGUUCAGGCCUCGGAAACAUUUACUAAGUGAUACAUCUGAUGCUGAUGAUGAAACGUAUUCUUCCAUGGAACAUAGAAACUGUGACUGCCGCCAUCGACAGUGUGAGUGGUUUGUGUUUGAUCACGAACUGGUCUUGCCCGAAUACGUCGUUGAAUUUGAGUACACUACACUGGUCAAAGUUCAGUCCCUGUUUUCUACGCUCAGCAAUGUAAUUGUAGAAGAAAGAAAGAAAAAUACAGAAGGAUUUAUAUUGUCUAGUGAUUUGCAACGUGAUGAUGAAGUUAUGAACAUGGAGCCUACAGUAAAAGCCAGACCCAAAAUCGUUUGCUUGGAUGAAAAGACAGUGCUUUCAGUUGCUAAGGCCAAUAUUUACAGUCAAAUAGCGGUUCUGAAUUUGCAUGGGAACAGCCUGAGCAAACUGCGGGACAUCUCUAAACUGACAGGGCUUCGAAAACUUAUUGUCAGCUUCAAUGAAUUUACGUGUUUAGAUGAUGUUUACCACUUGCCCAAUCUGGAGUAUUUUGAUGCAAGCCACAACCAUGUGAUCACCCUGGAGGGUAUUAGAGGCUUAAGCAAACUGAAGUAUUUAGACUUGAGCUGGAAUCAACUGAAAAAGACUGGAGAGGAAAUAAAUGUCUUACGUAAACACACUUCAAACGUACUCAGUCUUGAUAUCAGACAUAACCCAUGGCAUAAGCCAGUCUCAUUGCGUUUGAGUGUCAUUGGCCGAUUAAAGGCUCUUACUCAUUUAGAUGGAGUCCAGAUUACUGAAGAAGAGGCUGCAGCUGCUGUGUGUUUUAUUGCUGGAUCAAAGAUCUCUCAGGCAUCUCUUUUAGAACAUUCUAGGACUGAUGAAGCUAGACCACGCCUUCUGAGUGUACAUCCUUAUGCCAAAAUUCUGACUCAAAUUAGCAAGAACAAGGUGGAUUCACAAACACAUUUCAAUAGCAGCUGGUAUCCUAGGAUCACGGUCUUAGAUCUGGAUGGACAACAUCUCUCCAAAAUGGCCAACUUGGAAAAAUUGGAGAAUUUAAGAUGGGCCUCAUUUAGCAACAAUAAUCUCACUAAAAUAGAAGGACUGGAAUCUUGCCUUAAUCUUGAAGAGCUCACUUUAGAUGGAAACUGCAUCUCAAAUCUAGAAGGAAUUUCAAAACUCACCAAACUAACACGACUUAGUGUAAAUAAUAAUCAUCUCACCACCCUAGAAAGACGCGUUUUUGAAAACUUGUCUCAUCUUCACUACCUCUCUCUUGAGAGCAACAGAAUUACUUCAUUGGUUGGUUUGCAGAGAGCCUACGCACUAAUAGAACUAUACAUCAGCAAUAACUAUGUUUCUACCUACCAAGAGAUAUAUCAUUUAAAGGGUUUAAAUAAUCUGGUCAUGCUGGACAUGUAUGGAAAUCUAAUUGUGUGGAAACAAGAUAACUACCGAUUGUUUGUAAUAUUCCAUCUUCCAUCUCUCAAAGCCUUAGAUGGCACUGCAGUAGAGACAGCAGACAUCGAGAGUGCUAAAGAUUUAUUUGGUGGCAGACUUACCUGUGAUAUGAUUGCAGAAAGACUAGGACAUUCAGACUUCACUAAAAUGCAAGAAUUAAAUUGGACAUCCUCUACGAUCAGAACGGUGGAUCUUGUACCAGCAGACCAGUUUAGAAAUGUUUGUAAUGUGAAUUUACAGAACAACAAUCUCAUCUCUUUCAGUGGUUUAAUCUUCUUGCCUAAUGUCAAGAUAUUGUGUCUGAAUUACAAUCACAUUGAAUCAGUACUGCCCAGACAAAAGCCUCAAAAUCACUUAACAAACAGGCAGCAGUUGUACCAGAAAGUGACCUCUAGUGGCUAUGGACAGCAAGGCCCUUCAAAAGGAAGCAGGGAUGCAGGAUUUGGUGAAAAUCUGCCCCCAAUAAUGCAAAGUUUAGAAGUUCUUCAUUUGGGCUACAAUGGAAUUAGUAACUUGGCCCAGCUACAGCUUAGUAGGCUAAAAAAUUUGAAAUUGCUGUUUCUACAGGGUAAUGAAAUCAGUCAAAUCGAAGGACUUGAAGGUCUACAGCUUCUGCAGGAGUUGGUAUUGGAUCAUAACCGUGUCAAAACAAUUGCAGAGGGCUCCUUUGCUAGACAGAACUCCCUUUUGGCACUUCACCUAGAGGAAAACCGACUACGAGAACUGAACAAUUUACAGCCUUUAGUAAAAUUACAGAAACUUUUCCUGGGACUUAAUAAAAUUCAGGAAUUGUCUGAACUGGAAAAACUUGAAGUUGUUCCUAGUCUUAAAGAGCUUUCAAUAUAUGGAAAUCCAGUUACUCGCAAGAUAUCCCAUCGUCCACUGCUUGUGUUUCGAUUGCCCAACCUGCAAGUGUUAGAUGGAAUGACAGUGAGCACGGAGGAGAGAGCAAGAGCUGAGCUUCAUUUAAUAGAACAACAAGGAAUCCCAGUUGCAAACUCCCCUAUGGACUCUGGAUUUCCUGGAUUACCAAUUACCUUUUCAAAACAUCCUCCCGUAAGAGUAACAAAUGUGAAUCUGCUUGAAGGAAUCAACCAUUUAUUUGGAUCUGACCUCAUGUUUCCUCAUGUACUUGAAGAUCCUUUACCGAAUGAGGCAAAUAAAUAUAAGAAAUCGAAGAACCCAGGAAUGGUGACAAUUAAUCCUCGAAGCAUCCAUGCAGAAAUAGCUCUCAGGCAAGUAAAAGGAGCAACAGCUAAUCUUCUAAACCAGUUGACACAACAGAGUGGCACUACCCGAACUGCAUAUGUGCACCAGAACAGCAGAGAAAAUGACGGCAGGAUGCCAGCCAAUAGCCCCUCCAGGCCAAAUCGAAUGUAA